AUGGAAUACGAUAAUCAUGAACAUACAUGGAGGCGACCAUCAUCACUUAAAUUAGAACAAACAACCUGCCACACAACACCGAGAAGAUCAACCACCAUUGCUGUUGUUGUCUUAGGAUUAGCGGUACUAAGUUGCCUGCUGGGAUACUGUGUUUUAAGCGAAUCACUUCCUUACGAGUCUAAAACGUUGCGCCUUGUAAUUAUUUUAUUCCGGCAUGGGGCAAGAACUCCAGUUAACAGUUACAAAAGUGAUCCAUUUAAAAACUAUCAAUGGCCUGAUGGACUUGGAAGUCUGACUAAUGCUGGGAAACUACAACUUUACGAAUUGGGCAAGAAAUAUCGAAACUAUUAUGCUAACUUCAUCCCAGAAGAAUAUUAUGAAAAGGACAUCUAUAUUAAGAGCAGUGACAAAUCUAGGUGCUUAAUGAGUGCAUACACUUUCUUAGCUGGCCUUUAUCCUCCCUCCGAGCGUCAAUUAUGGCAUCCUGAAAUUCCUUGGCAACCAAUUCCUGUACAUUCGCUACCUAAGCAUUUAGAUGAUAUAGUAGCACAGACCAAACCUUGCAAAGUUUGGAAGUCAAUGUAUCAAGAACUGUUAGAUGAGAAAAAUGCCGAUCCUAAAUUCGCCGAGCUCUUUGAUUACCUGAGCAAACAUACAAAUCAGAGCAUGCGCAGCGUUUUAGAUGUAGACUUCUUGUACAGCACGCUACUAGCACAACAGGAUGCUGGACUGAAGCUUCCAGAUUGGACAAGGAAUGUAUUUCCAAAUAAAAUGCGCACGCCAUUCAUGCUGAGCUUAGCUUUAUUAUCAUACAAUAAAACAUUGCAAAGGCUGAAAGUAGGAUUAACUAAAGUGGAUAGCCAAAAAUGA